AUCUUCUUCUCCCCCGGCACCUGAGCACCGUCAAUCUGCAUCUCGAAUUCCGCUUCCGAUCUAUAUGCCACUGUAACUCGCAGGUUUCAGUAGCAGUGCGACGGGAGGGGAGAGAGAGGAGGAGCAGCGAGCGCGUGGAGCGGCGAAGAUGGACAGCCGAAAGGUUGUCGUCUGCGAUAACGGCACUGGAUAUGUGAAGUGUGGAUUUGCUGGAGAUAACUUUCCCACAUCUGUAUUUCCAUGCGUGGUUGGAAGGCCAUUGCUUAGAUAUGAAGAAUCACUGGUGGAGCAGGAACUAACGGACAUUGUUGUGGGAGCUGCUUGUGCAGAAUUUCGCCACCAACUAGAUAUAUCUUAUCCAGUCAAUAAUGGGAUUGUGCAAAAUUGGGAUGACAUGGGGCAUGUAUGGGAUCAUGCAUUUUACAGUGAACUUAAGAUAGAUCCAAGUGAAUGUAAGAUAUUACUCACAGAUCCACCUCUCAAUCCUUCAAAAAACCGUGAGAAAAUGAUAGAGACCAUGUUUGAGAAAUACAACUUCAGCGGUGUCUUCAUUCAGGUCCAGGCGGUUCUAACGCUAUAUGCCCAAGGAUUGCUGACAGGUCUUGUUAUUGACUCUGGUGAUGGUGUCACACAUGUGGUGCCUGUUGUUGAUGGAUAUUCUUUUCCACAUCUGACAAAGAGAAUGAAUGUUGCUGGAAGGCACAUAACUUCCUAUCUUGUUGAUUUGCUAUCUCGUAGAGGGUAUGCCAUGAAUAAAUCUGCAGAUUUUGAAACUGUAAGAGAAAUAAAAGAGAAACUAUGUUACAUCAGCUAUGACUACAAGCGUGAGUAUCAACUUGGACUUGAAACCACAAUUCUUGUCAAGAACUAUACUCUCCCAGAUGGAAGAGUUAUUAAAAUAGGCACAGAAAGAUUUCAAGCUCCUGAGGCUCUUUUUACUCCUGAACUUAUUGAUGUCGAAGGUGAUGGCAUGGCAGAUAUGGCGUUCCGUUGCAUUCAGGAAAUGGACAUUGACAAUAGGAUGAUGAGACAGCACGACUUCGGAAAUUCUUUCCAUGCAGCCAUGCAAAUACGGAUAAAAGUGAAAGGAAGAGAUUAAGAUCAAAACUGUAACAAGGUUUAAUUUAUGCAAUGGAGGUAAAUAUGAAAUUUGCUUCAAUGGAUCUAAGUGAGAAAAACAUUACUCAUGGGCAUUUAACUAUGUAAUUCUGAUACCGACUGACCAUGCUUGAUCACUCAUAACUGCUUUUAGGACAAUUGGAGGGCUUUCAUCAAGUUUUAGAGAGUGAUCUGCUUUACCUUUUUUUUUUUUGCUAAACUAUAUGUUUUGUUCCCUCAAGGAUAUAUAAAUUUUCCAUAGCCGUUCCUCUCAGUUGCACAUUGUACAUAAAUGGGUGCUUAAUGAUCACUGUUUUCUGAGUAGUCAUUAAUGUAUGCCGUAAUUAUAUUAACAUUUUUUUGAAAUUUAGACUGCAUCUCAUUGAGUAGUCCGUUGUUUUCUGAAUAGUCAUUAAUUUAUGCCAUCAUUAUAUUAACAUUUUUUUGAAAUUUAGAUUGCAUCUCAUUGAGUUGUCUGCUUAUUUAUAGAACAAUUUUGUUAUCAAUUAAAAAGUUUGAUUCUGCUAUACUACACUCACGUCAG